AAGCGAUUUAACGAUGGCAUCUGGUACCGUGUACGGUCUUUAAACCUGAUUUUACAGAAGAAGACUGGAGUUUUAUCAAUUAUAAUUCAUGUUCUACGCCGUUUAAAUGUCAUGUACACCUAGAAUGAAUGCUAACGUCUGUUGGUAUGACAGUAUUUAAAAGGAAAGUAUCCGUCUGAACUUAUAGCCUUCAGUAUGGGGAAAAGGUACUACUGUGACUACUGUGACCGGUCCUUUCAGGACAACAUGCAUAACAGGAAGAAACACCUGAAUGGUGUUCAGCAUCACAGAUCGAAGAAAGCCUGGUUUGACCAGUUUAGAGAUGCUGCAGCUAUUCUCUAUGAUGAGCAAGUAAAGAAACCCUGCCGGAAGUUUCUCCAGAAAGGAAUUUGUGAUUUUGGUUCAAACUGCAGGUUUUCUCACAUGUCCGAAGAGGAGCAGGUCAACUUAAUGAGAUGGAUGGAGGACGAAAGGCAGCAAAAAGAAGACUCUGAGGACAGAAUGAUGCUGAGUCGAAGUAUAGAAGAAUGGCUGUCAAAAUGGGAAAAGAAGCGAGCUGCCCUCAGUAGCAAAGGGGAUCUAAAAACUAAGGAAGAUAUUGAGGAGGUUGAAGCAGUAAGUGAGAUUCCUCAACAAUUGCUCUCCAUUCCUGACCUCCCACCCUCACUUCUACCACCUCCUCCAGGCGGAUGGAGGGUCAGAGUGAACACUGAAUGGGGUUGAGAGACAUUCAGCUCACUGUUUAGUGAAUAUGUGGAGAGAUGAAAAGGUAUUUUUUUAAGAAAUGGUCUUUAAAGAUUUUUGGGUUUCUAUUAGCUACAAAGGGUUGGUAUUUGUUUUGUAAAAUCUACAUUUAAUAGUAACAGUGGCUGUUUGCAUGGGUAGUUACAUAAGUUUCACAGCUCAAUCUGACAUUAGAAGUGACAGUACAGGUGUGGUAAGCUGACUCAGAUGCAACAUUUUGACAUGUCAUAGCUUGACAAUGUGUUGUUGAUUGCUGCAUUAAUCAGCUGAGGAGUGCCCUUGAAGUGAAUCUCCUCAGAGGAGUUUGGUUUGAUGUCACAUUAUCCUGAAACAAAUGGAUGAUUGCCGAACAGAUGGAGAUCCACCCAUUCAUCAAUUUUCUACACCCGCUUCAUCCUGUUCAGGUUUAUGAUGGGGCUGGAGACUAUCCCAGCUGUCAAAGGGUGAAAGGGGGAGUGCACCCUGGAAAGGUUGCUGAUCCAUUAUGAAGCCUAACAGAGACAAACAACUCUGCACACUCGCACCUCUGGUCAGUCUAGAGUCACAGAUGGGAUUUUUUGUUGGUAUUUUUAAUUCUCCGAGGGAUUUCCUUUUGUCAUGACUUAAUUUGAUUUCUAACUCAGCCAUGGAAACACAGUUUUUCUUCCUAAAUAGUAAAGAUGAGAAGCUGCUGUUCUGAAUGAAAUUUUCUAAUUUAAUUGUGUUAAUUCAUGUUUUAUUUUUCUUUAGAUAUCUUGUAUAACCCUUGUGUUAAUGUCUGAUGUGUUGCUGAUCAGUUUGAUUUUUAAAGCCAUCAAGUGUUUAUUUUAUUUUUUUUUUUUACAGAGAUUAUGCUGAGUUUGAUAAACAUUGUCAAGAAACAGUUAUGAACCCAUUUUAGGAUUUUCUGUAUUUCUGCAGUCCCAGCAAAAAGUUUGGACACACCCAUUACAUUUGAAUGAGUUUGUCUGCAAACAUUUGAAUGGUACUGUACAUAAAAAUGACCUAAACCUUAACAUUUUAUAAAAGUUGAUGUAGAAUAUGAACUGGACCCAAAUAUAUAAAAAGAAAAUAAAAUACUUGGUCAUUAAUUUAUUGAUAUCAGUUUGGCAUUGCAUAUAUUUAUGUAAUUAUCGGUGUUUAUUUUAUUUUUAUUUUUUAACAGAAUUGUCAUCAAAGUUGUGACUCUUACUAUCUGAGGCAACAUUUUGUUUCAAAUAUGUCUUUGUCAUUAAGGAAAUUUGACUUUUUUGGGCAACAAUUAAAAAAAGUUUGUACAAAAGCAAACUUCAUUGCUAGCUGGUUUCAGGACCAAACAGCAAAGUAAUAUGCCAGGACACGCAGUGAAGAAGAAGACUGAUGUUCUGCUGUUUAUUUAUCAUCUUUCUCUGCCCCAUAUUAUCACCUUUCUGUAUAACUUGACAGCAUUGGUUAAAAUUUGUAAGCAGACAGAUGAGAAGCUUCCUGAAUAUUAAUGCACUUGUUAUUUAUUGGACUACAUGCAUCUAAACACCACUUACAUUAGUGUAUAAUUGAUGCAGUGACCUUUACAGAAGUAAAAGAAAAUAAAUCAGUGCAGGAUAUCUUACAGACAUUAAAAUCACUGAUAAUGUCACACAGUAGGGUGGUGCAACAAUUACUGCCUGGAAGUUUGAGGAACCUCUAUUAAGACCAAGUGGAGAGAAACAAGAAUAUUACUGACAAAUCAUCUGAGUUUAAACAUGUUUUGCAUCAGACUUCUUACUUUUUUUUAAGAUUUCUCCUAAUUUUGUCUUUCUAGAGUUACUUCAGUGAUGUGAAAGUGCAUUUUUUUAAAAAACAAAAUGACUAACAGUAGACCUCCACAUUCCAAAUAAAGCUAACACAACUGAGACAGUCUGUACAUAAAUCUGCUCAUUAAAACACUGUAACAUACAGAAUUGACAAUAUUUGCUAAUACAGCGUCUUUAGACAAGAUCUGUAACGUGACAAUACUUUACAUCCACACGAAACCUUUAUCUUACAUGAUACACUUGUCAGCCACAACAUUAAAACCAGAUGUGCAAAAAUAAGUAAGCCUGUGGGGAGUUUAAAAGCUGGGUGAACACCUUUCUCUCUGUCAAGUUAUUUAAACUCUUUUUAGGCAGCUUAAGUUGGGGUCACACUUUCUGCUGGAAGAGGCUGCACCGGCAGUGCUGUUGCUAGGUGAGGGGAGUUGAUUGGGCUGUAAAAUGUUUAGGUAGGUGGCAAAUUUUCAACACUGCACAACAGUUAAAAUGCUGUGGCUGAAGAUAUUAUGUUCAUUUGAAGAAGUAAUGUAAAUAUUCUUUUUACAAAAAUAGCUACAUGACAUAAAAUAUCGAUUUUAUUGCCAGAGUAAUCCUCACUGUUACAUGCUUUCCUGCUUGUGGUAGAGCAAUGACAAACUUUAAGAUAAGAAAAAAAAAGUGUUUCAUAAAACUUGUCAAAAUUAGACAAAUAUUCAUUAAAAAAAUAUUAAUCUUAAAGAAAUCUGAAAGUUAAUGUAAGUGCAUGGCCUUGAUAUGCAGAACUUGCAUCAGAAUGUCCAGUUAAUCUGGAAAUUAUAUAUUGGACACAUUAUUGUUUUUUUGUGCAUUUUUUUGGUUUGUUUUUACAAAACAUUAUGCUUAUAUUCAUAAUAAAAUAACACAGAUUUAAUGUAUCACCUAUUCAAGUAAGAAAAUAUAACCAUGUCAUACUUUAAGCAAAAAUGUUGUUUUGGUGGUUCAUGUAAAAUCUAGAAAACAACCAUUAUCAUGAUAUGUUAAAUUACUGUUCACAGCAUAAUGCAAGUUAUUCACUAUUUUCAUAUUAUUUGCACAUCCACAAAGAACCUGACAUUUACAGGAAAAUGUCAAAUACUUUUUUUUUGCAAUGAUCACUUAACAAAUUGCAUAAUUAUUUAAACAUGUACUUCAAAAAUUGAUCUCACUCACAUAGAACACAUUUAUUUAUACAUGCAAGUGUGCUGCACAAAUUACUUCAUACUUAUUUGCUAUAAAUAUUACAGGUAAUAUUUUGUCUAGACACUAUUUAUUCAUAGCUGGUCGCUCAGGUCAUUCUGCUACUAAACUGUAUUUGCUGACACUCAUUUUAAUUCAGUUUGAUGUACUGUAGAUGCACAGAUUUGAAAUAUGCAGCAACAUUGUGCACGUAUUGCAGGCAGGCUGUGAAUAUAAAAUGUGACCGUCCGUUGAGAUUCUUGACUUGUUACAUAAAUACCCAUGCAUAUGCUGUUGUCUUGUAUUUCUUUGAGGGAUUUUGUGAUUUCCUUCUGUAAUUUAGAGUUCACUUCUGACUCAGUUUAGUUCUUAAGAAUAAAGCUGUUCACAUAUUAACUCACAAAACACUUGUUUGAUUUAGAAAAUCAUCUCAAGCUGCUCAGCCAAGACGUUUUCCUCAGAGAUUUAAACCACUGUAAUUAAUUCUGGGAAAAUGUGACAUCUUUAGAAAAGGAUUGUGUGGUUUUAUUUAUUUAUUUGCUAACAGGUUGACAGCAGGCCACAGCCUGCAAUCUACAAGUCUCCAACCUCACCUUUUCAAAACGGGCUUUCCAAAUUGUUCCUGUGCUAAAAAUGGAAGCAUUAGAAUUUUUCUGUUCUUUUAAGUAAAAUGGGCCUUAAUUGUAGAAUAAGUUGAGCUGGGAUCUGUUGGACAAUAAUGUAACUUUGUUAUGUUUCAGCUUGUGGUCUUUAUUUGGGUCUUUGUAAAACACCCAACAACAAUAUGCAUUUAAAAAGGACAAGUAUGACACAGAAAAUAACAAAAUAACUAGUCAUUCAAACAGAUAUCAACCAGUUGGCAGUUAGAGAUUUGGGUAGGAUAGUUACUUUAAUUUAUUUUAGUUUCUUCCACAUUCAAAUGAGACUUACUCUGUCCUUAGAUACACCCAUAACUUCUUAAAUAAUUUAAAUUCAAAACGCAAUUGGUUGUUUUGCAUUUUGUUGUUAUAUUUGUCCUAUUUAAAGGAAUGUUUUAUCAUUUUUUGAUGACCCGAAGAAAGCCAAGAGCCAAAAAAUAUUGGUAAAAAAUAUAGCUGUUGAGGAUUUAACCUCUCUAGACUUUCUCCUGUUUCAAAC